GUUGCCAACUAAGUUGGAAACUCUCUACGAAAUUCAAAUCGGGACAAUUCAGAUCGUAUAAGGUUCUUACUACACCAAAGUUGUAACAUAAACCUCUUAGUUAUUCUUAGAGAGGUAAAGUUGCGUACAUCUUGACUCUCAAACCCGAACAGAGUUGGGAUUAUACUAGAUUUUAUUGUUGUUAUUGUGGUUGUAUUCUUACUUUGUUUACAUAUGUUGACUAUAUUUCUUUUGUUUGCUCUUUAUUUGCAUUUUUGUUAACCCUUCUUUAAUUCACUUUAGUUGCAGGUAAAAGUAAAACGAAGAUUAUUAUAAUAGCAGUUUUGGGAGCUGUUAUAAUGAUCCUCACUUUGAGUUUGGUGGUGAUUCUUGUUCUUCGGCGUCGCAAGAAUGCAGUUUGGGGUUCUUCACGAUUCAUUCCACACAACACAUCUUCUACACUCUCCAAAAAGCUAGACCUUGAGCAAGAUAAACUUGGAGAUGGAGGGUUUGGAACUGUAUAUUAUGGAAAGCUUGGGGAUGGAAGGGAAGUAGCUGUGAAGCGCCUAUAUGAGCACAACAGCAAGAGAAUGGAGCAGCUCAGAAAUGAGAUAGAGAUUCUCACCGGCCUAAGACACCCAAAUCUUGUAACCCUUUAUGGGUGCACAUCCAGAUGCAGCCGUGAGCUCCUCCUCGUUUAUGAAUACAUUCCGAAUGGAACAGUUUCUGAUCACCUCCACGGAGAAAGAGCAAAAGACGGAUCGCUCACUUGGCCUAUCCGAAUGAACAUAGCAGUGGAAGCAGCUAGUGCACUGGCUUACCUCCAUGCCUCUGGCAUAAUACAUCGAGAUACCUCUAACAUUCUUCUUCACGAAAACUUUUGUGUCAAAGUUGCAGAUUUCGGGCUUUCAAGACAUUGUCCCACUGGUGCUACACAUGUCUCCACUGCACCUCAAGGAACACCUGGAUACGUCGACCCCGAGUAUCACGAGUUCUACCAUCUCACUGAUAAAAGUGAUGUUUACAGUUUCGGCGUUGUCCUUAUUGAGCUCAUAUCCUCAAUGCCCGCCGUGGAUAUAAGUCGGCAUAGACAUGAGAUCAACCUGUCAAAUUUGGCCAUGAAUAGGAUAAUCCGGCAUGCGUUUCAUGAGCUGAUUGAUCCAUCUAUGGGGUUUGAGACUGACGCUGAAAUCAUGAGGAUGACUACUUCCGUGGCAGAGCUUGCUUUCCGGUGUCUGCAAUCGGAAAAGGAUAUGCGGCCUGCGAUGACUGAUGUCCUGGAGAUGUUGAAGGAAAUUCAAGGCAGUGAGUUGAAAAACACAGUGGAGCAAGAGAGGGAUAAUGAGAAUGAUAGUGUGUCAGGUGGAUCUACAAUAGUCCCUUCUCCACCUGGAUCAAACGGUGCAUCUCUGCCGCUGUUAAAAUUGCCAGUUUCGCCCAUUUCUGUGACUGAUAGUUGGGUAGUAAGUAGCUCUACUACAAGUAGCAGCAAUAGUGAGUGAUUCUUAUCCCACCUGUCUUGCUUGAUCAAGACAUUUUUUUGUCUAGCCACACUCCCUCGCUUAAUUUAUUUGUAUUUUAGGAGUGGGUCUGGUUGGUUAUUUUG